UAUGAGCCAGAAGAACGCAUCGAGAGGAAGACAGAGAUUGAACACAAUUUUGGAGGAGAGAAAGGCUCAUGAUGAGAAAGUUAAGAGACAAGCAGCAGAGGCUGAGAAACAAUCUUGGCGUAAUAGAGUCUUUGGGUUCACUAAGAGAUUUACACCUGAAGAUAUGCCAGAGGUCGAUAUUAAAGGACAUAGGCAGAAAAGGCAAUCUGCAGCUGGAGUCAAACAAUCUCAGAUUGAGCGACAACUGUAUCAGUUAGAUAAUGGACCAAGGAUGCUCACCAGACGUCAAAGGUUUAGAGCCUGGCGUGGAUUAAGUAUGCUAGGCCUCUGGUUUGCAGCAUGCUUCUUCCUAAUUCAAUACAGACUAAAAUCUGAUGAUCUUGAAUUGAUGGAAAGAGAAGUCUAUGAAGACCUUUCAAAGAAGAGAGAAGUUGAGAGAAUGCAAGCAAAGCAGGCUGAGUAUGACUAGUCGCUAAUUUAUAAUAAUUCAAGGAUUUUCUAAAAA